AUGUUUUUGGCUUUUGUGUCUAGUUUUCGAUAUUUCUUUGGUCGGCCAACCUCAAUCGGUAUUCGUACAUCUUGUCAUGCCGACAAAUAUAUUUUGGAGCUUCAAAAGCGUAAAAAUGCUUUUUCUUCAACUCUAUUAGAUUUAGACAAGGAAAACUCCAAACAAUUUGGACCUCAACAACAAGUUAGUUUUGACAAUUUUGAUUUGGAAAAGAAGAGAAUAACCGAAAAUGCUCGUGCCCGUUUAUUAGAAUUCAAAAAAUCGGAACAACAAAAAUUAAAAAAUCGUCUAGAGCAACAAAAACAGCCAUUAUUGAGUGGAGGUUUUGGGGCAAAAAAAAUUAGGGCGAAUCAAUUAAAUCGAAAUAAUUUGUUGAGUAGUGACGACGAGACGGCGGAUAUUGAAGAAAUUGGACAAAAUGAAGAGGGGGAAGAGAGAGGAGGGGAAGAAAAUUUUGAGGAGGAAGAAGAAGGGAAUAAUAAUGAGGAGGAGGAAGAUGGACCUGUUAUUAUUAUGUCACGUCCAGAUGAGGAAAAGGAAGGGGUAAAUAAAUUUGGAGGGGGAGGAGAUAAAAUGAAGAAUAGUCCAGAUGAUGAUUUGAUUAAUGAUUAUGUGGCUGAUGAACAAUAUUAUAGAGAAACAAAACCCUUUGGAAAUAAUAAUAAUAUUAAUGGAAAUAUUUUUAAUAAUGUUGGCAAUCCCAAGAAGGAUGCAACUUGUCAAAAACAAGAAAUGACAGAAUAUAUGCGUUUGGAAAUGAUUGCGAUGACUACAAUUUUGGUUCGAUUAAAUGUUGCUAUUAAACUUGAUGUUCUUCACUCCGAAUUGACAAAAUACAGUGCAAAUGCUUUCUCUUCUAAUUCUGAUCUCUUGGAAUUUAUUAAGAAGAAUUGUCCAACUAGUGUAAACUGGCAAGAUUGUGGGUUUAAUACGAUUUUGCUUAUUUGGAAUGAGUCGACAACUGAAGAAAAUCGAAAAGUAGGGCUUAGCUAUUUGUUGCAAAAGGUUGGCAAGAGUUUGGAUACGCGUACUUAAUUUAUUAGAACGAUGAAAAUUGACUUGUUUAAUUUGUAUCUUUUUAAAAGGAAGCAUUUUGAAUGAAUUUUUGUUAAGUUU